AUUGAAGCCCAAUAUGUUUGCAUAUGCCGGGACGAAGGACAAGCGGGGCAAGACAAGCCAGUUGGUCUCUGUGACUCGGGUCGCCCCCGAAAAGCUAGCAUAUGCGGCGAGGCAGCAGAGAGGCAUUUACAUUGGUAACUUCACCUUCCACCACAAGCCCAUGAAACUUGGCUCACUACAGGGAAACCACUUUCGAAUUGUGCUCAGAGAGGUGAAGGCUUCAGACGAGGCAAUAGAGGAAGCCGUUUCUUCCCUACGGUCACAAGGCUUCAUCAAUUACUACGGCACUCAGCGUUUUGGGACGAGUACUGUGCCCACUCACCGCAUUGGCAGGGAGUUGCUCAGGAGUCAGUGGCAGGAGGCUGUGGACCUGAUACUGUCACCCCGAGACAACGACGACCCUGAUUUGAGUCGUGGCUGCAGGGUAUGGUCUCAAACCAAGGACCCCGAGGCAGCUUUAGGGGCAAUGAAAAGAGCGUCUGAGUCGUCCAUCGAGGGCCAGCUCCUCCAUGGACUCGCCAGUCUUCAGAAGAAUGACCUCGUGGGUGCCAUUAUGAGGAUCCCCAGGAACAUCCGCAACCUGUACCUGCACGCCUACCAGAGCUACAUGUGGAACCGCGUGGCCUCCAGGAGAAUCGAGGAGUUCGGCUUGAAGGUGCUGCCAGGGGAUCUCGUCAGGCAACAGGGCACCACGACCAUGGACGAAGAAGCAGAGGUCAUGUCUGAAGACUCUGCCAUUGAAGUGGGAGGCGACUCAGAGGAGGCAAAGGCAUCGGAGGCUGGGGCUACUAAUGCAGAGGCCACGGCGCCGAGUGCAGAGGGCGAAGCUUCGAGCACGGAAGGAGGGUCAUCAACCGUCCGGGUCUUGAGCGCGGAGGAGGCCGAGCAAACGGAUAUCACAGAGGUGGUGCUGCCCCUCCCAGGCUACAACAUCACCUACCCUGAGAAUGUGAUGAAAGAGUGGUACAGCAAAUUACUUGAGGAGGACGGCCUGUCUUUCACUGCGCUCAAACAUCAUGUCAAGAUGUUCUCGGUGGGGGGGGUGUACCGGCGACUGAUCAUGAGGCCAAGUAACGUGGAGAGUUCCAUCUGCUUCUACGACGACCCGACUAAGCCACUCAUCCAGUCAGACAUUGACAAGCUGCGGGACACCGAUGUCCAGGAAAACAUACUCACUGAGGGCGCGAACAAGGCCGUCCUCCUGGAGCUGACUCUGCCGCCGUCCUCCUACGCCACCAUGGCCCUGCGCGAGGUGCUCAAGAUGGACACGUCGUCGGAGAUGCAGGCGUCCCUGAACAGCGACUCGGCGCGGCAGUGGCAGCGAGGGCCCGCGGCGCCGAGGGAGGCGAACGGCGCCGCGAGAGACGACAGCGCCAGCGGCGGCGACGAGGAGGGGGGCGACGGCGACGCGAGACGGAGGAAGGGGGAGAGACGGGGCUGGGGGGGCGACAGGGGCGGCGGCAGGCGCUUCCACCGGGGGCGUGGGGGCGGCGGGAGGAGACCCCCGUUCCACAAGCGGCGGGGGUUCCGGGAGCACGGCGGGGGGGACCGAGGCGGCAAGCGGCCGUGGGGCGGCGGCCACGAGCGGGGCGGCGGCCGCGGGGGGGCCAAGAGGGGGCGCUUCUCGUGA